AUGAGUGAAUUCCCUACUGUGAAAACAGGCGACACGCCACUCCUCUUCCGAAAAAUACAGCCUCCCACGGAGGGUCAGUUUGGUUAUGACGGCCCCGAAACUGCCACGAUAUUACUGCCAGCGGGCUACCGCAAAUCAGAAACGGCGCGCCCUUUCACAGUCAAUACUAUCUUUGAAAAGAACAUCGACAUCCCUUUGAGGGACGGCACCAUUCUGAAAGCCGACAUCUUCAGACCCGAAAAUAGUAGCAGCAAAGUGCCUGUUCUCCUGCCUUGGAGCCCAUAUGGCAAGUCUGGAAGAGGCAUGACCCUCGCCAUGCUUCCCGGCCGAAUGGGAGUUCCAGAGAGUUGGCUGUCUGGGUUCGAAAAGUUCGAAGCCCCUGAUCCUGCAGACUGGACCGCGAGGGGAUAUGCCUUGGUCCACGUUGACUCGAGAGGCGCCUGGGAUUCUGAGGGUUAUCUAUGCUGGGCUGGCACUCAAGAAGGACGCGACGGAUACGACGUGAUCGAGUAUGUGGCCAAGUUGCCCUGGUGCAAUGGUAACGUGGCCACCGUGGGCAACUCGUGGCUUGGUCGUGCUCAAUGGUACAUCGCCGCUCAACAGCCACCCUCACUCAAGUGUAUCGCGCCUUUGGAGGGCUCUAGUGAUCUAUACCGCGAAAUCCACGUACGAGGCGGCAUAGCUUGCACGCCGUUCCUGGAAUGGAUGAUGGGCAACCUCCGGGGUCGUGGUCCAAUGGAAGAUCCGGUUGCGAUGCUGGCAAAAUUCCCCCUCAUGAACGACUACUGGAAGGACAAACGCGCCGACAUUUCACGCAUCACGGUGCCUGCAUACAUCCUGGCAAGUUACUCGACGUUCUUGCAUCUGCCAGGUAGUCUUCGCGGCUUUGAAGACAUGCCCCACGAUGACAAGUGGUUGCGAAUCCAUGACACUCAGGAAUGGCACGACCUAUACCAGCCGUCGAACAACGACGAGCUUCAAUUGUUUUUCGACCGUUAUUUGAAAGGCGUCAACAACGACUGGGAAAAGACGCCCAAGGUUCGCGUGUCCUUGCUGGGCUUCAAUACCCAAAACAUUGUCAACAAGCCGUUCACGAACUGGCCGGUGCCUGAAACAAGAUACGAGCGACUCUACCUGAACAAGGACGGCACACUGUCUGCCGAAUCAAGCCCAGACGCCGCGACCGUGUCGUAUCAAUCCGACAUCGACUGCGAGCAGGUCGACAACGACCCAGAGGAAGCGUGCUUCGCGUACAAAUUCUCCAAAAGGACAUGUCUACUCGGUAGCACCAGAGCGACACUGUUCAUGUCCUGCAAGGACGCGGAGGACAUGGACAUAUUCCUCCAGAUCCGGAGGGCAGACUCUUCCGGCAGGGUGCUGCUCAAUUACAACAUCCCUGAAGCGGACAUGGAGGCCUGUGGUGUUCCGCAGGAGAAGGUCCCGCUUCUCAAUACCUACGUCUACCUGGGUCCUCACGGGCAGAUCCGGGCGAGCCAUCGAGCCAUCGACCAGGACCUCUCGAAGCCGCAUUACAUACAGCAUGAGCAUCUGAGGGAGGAGAAAAUCCCCAAGGGCGAGGUGGUGAAGAUUGAGACAAGCUUGUGGCCGGGAGGCAUGAUCUUCGAGCCCGGCGAAUCGCUCGUCUUCAAAGUCAGUGGCCAUCCAAUGUACCUUGCCGAGUUUCCCACCCUGCGCGGGCAGUUCAAAGCGAGAAACACCGGUCUCCACUUCAUCUCUGUCGGAGGCCAAGGCUUCUCGAGUAGCUACAUCACUGUACCGUUCCUGGACGGGUAG